AUGAAAAUCAAUCUUACAUUUUCAAAUGGAGAUCAAGCAAAUUUCGAUUUAGAAAAUGUUAAUUUAGUUUCAACUGCUAAGCAAAUGAUAUCAGAUCGAUUCAGAAUUCCAAUAAAUGAAUUAGAAAUAUCAUUAAACGAUGAAAUACUCAGCGAUACAACCAAAUUUGAUUCGCUUAAAUUAGAUAAAUCGAUGGUGAUUGCAUGUUCAAGAAAAUUGGAUGCAAAACAAGCAAAUAAAACGCAAAUUCAAGAAAUCAAUCAAAGUAAUGUAGAAUAUCUUAAAAAUUUAGGAUAUAGCAAAAAUGAUGUCAAUGCAGCAUUACUAAAAAGUGGAAAUGAUUUGAUUUUGGCGAGUGCAAUCUUACGGGAUGGACAAAACGGCAAAAUUUCCAAUAUAGCAGGUAAUACAGAUGAUACUGAUAGCAGAGAUGAAUUACCUUCAAUAAUUGAUGAAAAUCUUGUAAAUGAUAAUGAAAAUAACGCUCAAACUGGAGAAGAAACAGAUAGUGAUCUACCACAGCUUCUAGAGAGUAAUUACAAAGAUAACACAAGCGAAAAACAAAGCAAUGAAGUAAAACAAAAUCUUCAACAAGUUAUUCCUUUAGAUAAGCAGUCAUCACCAUCAGCAGAACCUGGAAAUGUUCCAGCACCUGAGAAUACUGUAUCAUCUGAUCAAAAAUCACAAGAUAAUACUGAUGAAUCUAAAAAACUUACUAAAAAAGAAAAGCAAGAGCGUGCAGAUAAAAUCAUUAAUAAAGCUAAACAAAAGAAAGAUGCAAAGAAGCAGAAAAAUCAAAAAUCAGAAGUUGUAAAAAUCAGUGAUUCAUCAGAGAGUUCAUCUGAUGAAUCUGACUCCAAUUCCGAUGAUUCUGAAGAUGAAAAAUCAUCAAAACAAGAGAAAUCUGAGGAAAAUACUAAAUCAGAUUCUGAUAAUUCAGAAGAUUCCGAAACCUCCAGUAGUGACAGCGAAACAAACAAACUUAAGAUUGUUGAUCCAUCAGAUACAGUCCAGAAAUCCAAGAAGGGAGGCAGAAAACCCAAAAAAGGAACAAAAACAAAAGAAUCCAAAGAAGAAACGAAAGAAGAAGUUAAAAGUCGGAAAAGAGUAAAAGUUGCAACUUGGGAUAAUGAAGAAGAGCAAUUAUUGAAAGAUCUUUUAUUAGAAAAUGCACCUGUCACUCCAGAAAAGUGGACAAUUAUUUCCAAAUCCUUUGAAAGAACGAAGAACAACAUCAUUGCUCAUUUCAAACUUCUGAAGAAAUCAAAUCGAUUCACGAAAGACGAGUUGAAGUUAAUAGAACCUGAAGUAAAAUAUGCAAUAGAAGACUUACCAUCUAAUGAUACGUACAUGAAACCACCGAAAAAGAUGCUCAACAUCUCCAAACUCUUAAAUGUUUUCAUUUCUUUGGGUGGAAAUUGGGAAUUGAUUUCUGAAAAAUUCAAAAAAUUCAAUGCUGGAUAUUUGAUUUAUGUCUUGUUUUGGAUGGCCAGGCAUUCAGCGAAAGACGAUCCUGACCCAUCAUUCCCUGAUAUGAUUGAUAAAGUUGUUUUGGAGAUGAGAUACAACGGAAGAAAAGAUUCCGAAAUCGAAAAAAGCAUCAGCAAAACAAGUGCUGUUAUCAAUCGUCACAUUGACUUUGUUUUAAAGAGUUUGGUCGAUCCAAACAACAUGAAAUUCUUCAAGAUGAUGAAGGAUGCUUUCCCGCAACAGCCUCCUCGUGGUGCAACAUAUACAAAAGAAUGUAUUCCUUCUUAUGUCGCUGAUUUAAUCGAACCAACUUCUGACAAUUUGAAUUUGCCAUUAAAUUUGAAAGUCAGAAAAGUUGAUUCGGAAAUCAUUCUAAAGUUCAAACCACCGGAGUCGAAUCUUCGUAUUUCUAAGGCCAUCAAAAUCUUCUACGGAAGCAAGAACUGGCAAAACGAUCUUUGGCACAUGUUUCCAACAAUUCUUCCUGGAUAUUUCCAGUACAUCAUUUUGUUGAUGCACAAGAAAUUGACAGGAGUUACUGAAGAAGAUGAAGAUUGGACAACUGAAAAAAUCAAGAACUUGUUGCUGAUGCAUUCGUCUGGAAUGACAAGGAAGCAGAUGUCUGAAUUCUUUAAGUGCACACAAGCUCAGAUUAGAACGAAAUUGGUUGCAAUAGAGAAACAACUUAAUUUGACCACUUCCAUCAAAGAUUUCUUGGAAGAAUAUCCAAAACUCAGUGCAAAGAAACCUGAAUAUGAUGAAGAGAUGUUUCCUACUUUUGUUGAUGACGCAAUUAAGUCAUAUUGCGCAAACAAAAAGAAAUGA